AAACUCAUCAGACCUCAGGAGCAGAGCCAUGCAGGGCACAUACCGGACCUCCGUUGUCAUCAUUUUUAUCUUCUUGCUGUCAGGUGCAUUUGGGUACAAAAUUGUGGAUGGAAAUGAGACUGCAGUCAACAGCCGUCCCUACAUGGUCUUCUUGCUCAUCCAAAGACCAAAUAAAACUGUUGCGUGUGGAGGGUCCCUCAUUCGCCAGGAUGUUGUCUUGACAGCUGCUCACUGCAAUGGAGACCGUAUUGAGGCAUUUGUUGGAAUUCAUUCGGUGCAACAGGCAGUAAAUGCAAGACAAGGAAUUGCUGUGUUACAAGCCCAUCAUCACUCCCAUCCCAGUUACAAUAAUAGGACCUUGGCAAAUGACAUCAUGCUUCUAAAGCUAAGUCAGAAUGUGGCCAACGCGAGACUGAUCCAAUAUGCACAGAUCAACACUCCCGUGGCAGUUAAUAAUCCAUGUUCUGUGGCAGGCUGGGGUCAAACUGCUAAUUUGUCUCAUCCAAGUGAUGUGUUGAGAGAGGUGCAGGUGACAGUUCAACAAGUCAACGCCCAGACAAUCAACGCAAGAGGCACCGGUAGAAGGGGAGUUUGUAGAGGUGACUCUGGAGGUCCACUGAUAUGCAAUGGAGUGAACAUAGUUGUAGGUGUUGCUUCUUAUAUCCGACCUGGUAAUUGUGAUGACCCUGGACGCAACGAUGUUUACACGAAAGUGUCUGCAUACAGUCAGUGGAUCAACCAAACGAUGGGAACCAUGCUUCGCUAAUUGUUCUCUUCAGAGGAUGCCACUUUAAUUGAUUCUCUGAAAUGACCAAGUAAACCAAGCCAAAGGCAUCUUCUUCAAAUUAUAACACUGCAGCCUUCUAGUAGUCAGCUGACUUAUGAAAUUAAUCCCAUCUUUGUCUUUAUAAUAAUUCUCAUCAGAAAGCAGUUCUCUUACACUUCUGUGUUAUACUCAGAAAAAUUCAAUACUCAUUCCACAUUAACACAUAUCACUCCAAAUGUAUUUUCCCAUGCAGCAGCCAUAACAUAAAUAAGUAUUCAAACCACUGCUCUCCUUCAAUUUCAUUUUGUAUUUAAAGAUGUCCCCCUUACAUCACUUUUCAGAGGUGGCUACUCCCACUUUGCAAACUGUGUUAUCUGUAAAAUACAAAUGUGAUGAAAUUUUCUGAUUAAAAUUUUGUGACAAAUAUUAUUUGUCCCCAUAACAUGUUGUCAUCCUCCUUGGUGCUGCUUUAGUUUGCAGCACUUCUGACUAGAUGAGAGCCACUGUGAGUACACAGGACAAUGGGGAUUUCUGCAUGGGAGUUCAGUACAGAACCAGAAAAAAAGUAUUAAUCUAAAAGGAAUAUAUGUAAAGGUAAACUGAGACCAGUCAGUGCCGCCAAUACAGUCAUGUAUUGUCCUCCUUUGUAUCCUCACAUUGCUUGCUCUUCAUCUGGUGACCUGUUUCUGAUCUUAGAAGUGUGUUUCAUGGGAUUGUGUCAGUCUGAAGCUUAUUUUGCAUUCGUCAUACAUUGCUUUAGCAGCUUAAUUAAAAUCUUUCAUUUUAAAAUUG